GUUAGAAAAGAAAUCAUUUGGUGCGGAUCUAUCAAAAUGGAAGCAUACGUUAAUUUUCGAAUAAGUGCAAUAAAACCGUAGCUGAACGAACAAUCGGGGAAAUCAGUGUAUCCCUUUUUUAAGGGAUUGAAGAACGCCAGGAGAUUUUUCCUAAUAUCUUAAUUUCAAUGCAAUAAGUUUUCUCCAGAAAUAUAAAAAAAACUUGAAAAAUGAAAAAGAGACACUUGUUCUUAGUUGUUUUUGUACUAUGUACAAUAAUUUUAACAUCAAGUGGUGAAGUGCAACGAAAACGUGCGAAAAAAUUGAAAAGCAAAGCAACCUCACGCAAAAUCUCAAGAUUAACAAACAGGCCACAAGCAGAUACACCGGCUGAGGAUAUUUACGACUAUAAUGAAUACGGACCUCCAGACUAUGAUGAAAAUCAAAAUGAAUAUGAGGAAAAUGGUGAAGCCAAACAAACACAGGAGGCGACAACGCAAAUCUUCCGCCAACCUCCGGAUGAACUCCCAACGCCCUCACCUCGACCAGCGGCAGCUCCGGUUGAAUCCGAUAAUAUUGUUAACUCCAUAGCUCCAUUCUCAUGUCAAUACAAUGGAAAAUACUACCACGAUAACGACGUGUUCAGAACGGGUUACAACAAUUGCGUCGAAUGUCGCUGUACUCAAGGGAAAGUGAACUGUGAUGAUAGUAAAUGCCGUCGACCAACUACUACGACUCCAAAACCUCCAUCCCCACCAGCACCGCCUGCACCACCAUCGGUGGAUCAACAAUAUGAACUAGCCGCAAGCGGUGUAGGUCCUAGAGGUGAACAAGGCUAUCCGGGUGAACAAGGCCGCCCAGGCGAAAGUGGUUAUCCCGGAAGUCCUGGAUCACCAGGCAUACCCGGAAGUCCUGGUCCACCAGGACCACUGCCAGAUAUGAGCUACUAUACACACCAAUUAGCGGAUGCUCUUUCCAGUUCGGAUAAAGGACCAUCAGGCCCUACGUUCCUUCCAGAACAGUUCCAAUAUCUACAAGCUUCUGUGGGACCAGUGGGAGCUCGAGGCCCACCUGGACCAUCUGGUCCCGCCGGACCGCAAGGUUUUCAAGGCGUACGCGGAGAACCGGGUGAACCUGGUGCUCCAGGACCAAUGAGCCCCCCAGGACCGCGUGGGCUCCCUGGCAUACCAGGUAAGGAUGGUGAAUCGGGCGAAGAUGGAGAACCAGGAGCUCCAGGUGCAGCAGGACCUCCAGGACCCCGUGGAUUACCAGGAAUGCCUGGUUUGCCAGGUGCAAAAGGACAUCGUGGUUUCCCAGGUCUGGAUGGUGCAAAGGGUGAAACUGGUGCUCCCGGUGAAAAAGGCUCAGCGGGUCCGAUGGGUCCUAUGGGUCCAAUUGGUCCAAUAGGUCCAGCAGGACCAAGGGGUGAACGGGGACGUGAAGGCGCUCCCGGUGCCCCAGGUAUUCGAGGAAUGGACGGUAUUGCUGGGUCGCCUGGUCAACCAGGACCUUCAGGAAAACCGGGACCACCAGGCUUCCCUGGUAGCCCGGGUGCUAAGGGUGAUAUGGGCGCUAUGGGUCCAAAAGGAUCUCAAGGAUUGCAAGGACCACGCGGUGAAUCAGGACGACCAGGAUCAGUAGGAGAACCAGGCACACCUGGUCCUUCAGGCCGAGAUGGAAUUCCAGGCGAAAAAGGAAGCCCUGGAGCGCCAGGUAUAGCCGGGCCACAAGGUUUUCCAGGAAGUAGGGGUCCACCAGGUCUAAAUGGCAGCCCUGGUGAACCAGGUAUCAAAGGCAUGCCAGGACUUCCAGGCGAACGUGGCUUUAAAGGUGAUCAAGGAAACAAAGGAGAUGGUGGAGCACCAGGACCCAGGGGUAUCCCAGGACUACCAGGGCCAGAAGGUAAACGUGGAAAACGUGGUAUGCGUGGACCAACUGGUCCAGCCGGUCCGCAAGGAGAGCGUGGAUCAUCUGGUGCCCCAGGAUUACCAGGACCUGAUGGCGCUCCAGGAAUCAAAGGAGGUCCAGGUGAUCGUGGUCCCCAAGGACCACAAGGUAUCAAGGGUAACACCGGAGACACAGGUCUACCAGGCCAACCAGGCAUUCAAGGGCUCCGGGGUCUACCGGGAAAAAUUGGAGGUCCAGGAAGACCGGGAAGCCCCGGUGAACGGGGAAUUCCCGGUGCGGACGGAAAACCAGGCGAACAAGGUCCACAAGGUUUGCAAGGAUUGCCGGGACCAAUAGGGCUUCCUGGAGAUAAGGGUUUCCCUGGUGAACCAGGAAAAGAUGGAGAAGCUGGACCAAUGGGACUCCAAGGACCAAGAGGAGAUGCGGGCAAAGAUGGUCUACCAGGUGCGCAAGGACCCCCAGGCCCUCCAGGAAACGAUGGAGGUCGUGGAGAACCAGGACCACCCGGACCACGAGGAUUCCAAGGUCUACCCGGUGCAGUAGGAAACCCUGGAGCUGCCGGCAAAGAUGGUCAAAACGGACCACCUGGCCCACCAGGUCCCGUUGGACCGUCAGGCAACAGAGGAGAACGUGGCUUCCCGGGAGAAAGGGGACCAGUAGGAUUACCAGGACCUAUGGGUCAACGAGGAGAAACUGGAGCUCCUGGAAGUGACGGCAAUCCAGGUUUACCAGGCCGACCAGGGGUAAAAGGACAUCAGGGCGCACCAGGCAUGGUAGGACUUCCAGGUAUGCGCGGAGCACCGGGACCAGCAGGUGAAAAAGGAGAACGAGGAAGCAUGGGAAUUCAGGGUCCUGAAGGACCGCCAGGACAUAUAGGCGAACGAGGUCCUCAAGGUUUAGUCGGACCACCAGGCCCUCCAGGCGAACCGGCCGAACGCGGGGAGCCAGGAACACCAGGAACUCCAGGUGAACCAGGAGCCGCUGGAUCACCUGGUGAACGAGGAGCCCCUGGACCACAAGGUUUGCAAGGAUUCCCAGGCCCGCAAGGUAUAGCAGGUAUGCCUGGAGCCAAAGGAGAUCGUGGUCUAAUGGGUUUAAGAGGCGAGCAAGGUAAUGCUGGGCCACCAGGACAACCAGGUGAGCCCGGUUCGCCAGGACCAGUGGGCCUACCAGGAGCGAAGGGUGGUAGAGGAGAGCCAGGUUUGAGAGGAGAAAUCGGAAUGAUGGGUCCAAUAGGUCGACCAGGAGAACCAGGAUUGGCUGGUCAACCUGGAAAUCAAGGGCCACCAGGUACUCCAGGAAUUCCAGGAAUGAAAGGAAACCAAGGUGAUGUAGGCAGAGCUGGUUUGCCUGGACCACAGGGUCUUCCAGGCGCCCCCGGAGCGGAUGGAGUUAAAGGGGAGCCAGGCAGUGAAGGUCCACCAGGCCCUCUAGGCCAUCCAGGACCACCAGGACCUGCGGGCGACAGAGGUCUUCCAGGCUUACCAGGACCUAUGGGCAGUGCAGGUCUCCGCGGUAUGCGGGGCGCACCAGGCGAACCUGGCGCACCAGGAAAACCAGGAAAAGAUGGUCCUCAAGGACCUAUGGGCUUAUCAGGACCUCAAGGCCCUCCAGGCGCCUCUGGAGAGCCAGGCCCAGAAGGCCCAUCGGGAAAACCAGGUCCCCCAGGUAUCGCAGGCAGAACAGGUGACAAGGGCCCACAAGGUGCUCCCGGUGGUCAAGGCCCAACAGGUCCACCAGGCUUACCAGGACAGCCAGGUCUUCAGGGACCAAUGGGAUUAACAGGAGAACGAGGCAUGCGUGGUGAAACAGGUCCACAAGGCCCAGACGGUCCUAUUGGGCCACGUGGCAAACCUGGCCCACCAGGAAUUGAAGGACUAAAAGGAGAGACCGGAGAGCCAGGCAUGAAGGGAACGAAAGGUCACAGAGGUCUGAUUGGAUUGCAAGGAUUACCAGGUCAGCCAGGCUUCAAGGGAGACCAAGGUCCACUUGGAAACCCAGGACCACCAGGAAAACCAGGAGAGCCCGGACCUAGGGGCUUACCAGGUCGCGACGGUAGCGUUGGACCCAUCGGCUUGAGUGGACCUCCCGGUGGUCGAGGUCCUUCAGGAAACGACGGACGCCCGGGCCCUGUUGGUCCCGCUGGUCCACCUGGUCCUCCUGGCCCUCCAGGCGAAUCCAUAGGCUACGAUGCAGCAGCUUUGGCUGCUCUGCUUGGCCAAGCUGGAACCUCGAAAGGACCAGAUCCAAUGGGUGAUGAACCAGCCCGUAUGUUUGGAAAUGGUAACGGACUGACUGAAGAAGAACGUAGAGAAAUUGUCAUGAAAGCGUACGAACAACUGAAGGCCUCGUUCGAAAAAUUCAAAAAACCCACUGGAGACAAAACUGCUCCUGCUAAGACUUGCCGAGACCUAUUCAAAGCCUAUCCGGAUUACAAAUCUGGAAGCUAUUGGAUCGAUCCAAAUGAAGGUGACUCACGAGAUUCAAUAUUAGUUCAUUGUGAUAGAGAAAAGAUGGCAACGUGUAUAUUCGCACAACCGAAUAAGACUCCAACGCUCAGCUACAAGGGACACGAUCAAGAAGUUUGGCUCAGUGAAAUGCCAAAUGGUGUGAAGAUCUCCUACAAGGCAGAUAGCCAUCAACUGGGCUUCCUUCAACUACUAUCUGCACACGCAACUCAAAAUAUAACAUAUCAUUGCCAAAAAUCCAUAGCCUACUACCAUGAAGAGAAGAGUACUUACAGAAAGUCUCUGAAGCUACUAACGUGGAACGAUGCGGAAUUGACAGCUAAGGGCCAGCAAAGAUUGAAAUAUGACGCACUUGAAGAUGGAUGCAAGGCACGCUCAAAGGAAUGGUCCUACUCAGUUCUUAGCUAUACAACGGAUAAAGCAAUUCGACUCCCGAUCACGGACGUGGCAAUGCGAGAUUUGAGUGAACCGGGUCAUGCAUUCUGGAUUGAAAUUAGCCCUGUUUGCUUCUAUUGAUAAUAGAUUUGCUUUAUUUAGACGUAAACUAAAUAAUAAAAUACUGCCAUUAGCGAAUUACUUAAGAAUCCACUUGACGAUAGCAAUCAAGGAAGUCAUAGAUUCUUUGAUCAAAUUCUUAUGCAUUUGAUGAAUUCCUUCUGCUGCUUCAUUCCAAAGCCUUUUUUAUCGUUAUUACAAUGAGUAGUUUUGUUAUGAACAAAUAAAAAACAUAUUUGAA